AUGGACCCUUUCUCCGGCGAAGGAGAACUCCUCAACAUAACCACCGCCUUCUACACACAUGCCUACCCGGCCGUGCUGGACUUCGACACAUCCGCACUGUCCCCCGAGAACAAAAAGACCGCCCAACUCCUAAAAUACCGCGCGCAAAUAGCCCUCGGCCAAGCCUCCGCCGUGCUCUCGUCCCUGAAAUCCUCCCAAGACGCCGCCUCGCGAUCCAUAGCGGCUCUGGCGCAACAAGCCUCCGGAGACCCCUCGUCCGCCCUCGAGACCGCGACUUCUCUCUCCGAAUCCGACCCCGAAGAUCCCAUCGUGCAGAUCUGCACCGGCACAGUCCUCGCCGCCGCCGGCGAAUAUGCCCAAGCCAUCGACCUCCUCAACAAACACCAAGGCAGCCUCGAGGCGGUCGCCCUGCUGGUGCAGAUCCACUUGACGCAGAACCGGACGGACCUCGCUGUCAAGGAAGUCGCGGCCGCCAAACGCUGGGCUCAGGAUAGUCUCCUGAUCAACCUGGCCGAGGCCUGGACCAAUAUACGCGAAGGUGGCAGUGAGAAGUAUCAGUCGGCCUUCUACGUGUAUGAGGAAUUGGCGAGCACGCCGGGCACCACGUCACCCACGGCGUUGGUGGGCCAGGCGGUCGCGGAAUUGCAUCUCAGUCGGACAGAAGAGGCAGAGGCCGCCUUACAGCAGGCCAUGGAGUCGGAGAACGUUGAUGUCCAGGCGAUUGCCAACAGCGUUGUCUUGGCGAGUGUCAUGGGCAAGAAAGGUGAUGUCGUUCAAGGCCUGCUGAAACAGUUACAGGAGAAGGAUGGCCAUCAUGCGCUGUUGAAGGAUCUGGCCGAGAAGAGUCAGUCGUUUGAUACUGCAGCUGCAAAAUAUAGUGCUAAAGUCGCCGCUUGA